GUCAUACUCAACUGGUUCCUCACACUACAGCCCAGGAAACGCACCCCUUUCUUCUUAAACCCUAAAAAUAGUUCAGAUUUGGGGUUUACACCAUCCAUCUCACACACCCAAAUCUCCUUUGAACCCGUUUCAUCUAUCAUUUCUCGACCCCAAAUCACUUAAAAAAUUCAAUCUUUUUGCCAAUCCUAAUGUCUUGAAUGAAUCUUUAUUACCCAUGCUCAAGACCCUGAAAAAUUGGGUGUAGUUUAUUAGAAAUAAUGCUAUUAUUGAAUCCAAGAAAACACCACUUGGAUCUUUUUACAAUGUUUGUCUUGCCUAGAGGUCAAAGGGUCUCUGAAGUUGCUGCUAUUGCUGGUUUUCAUAGUCAUGUUCCAGUUGAAUCUAACCCAUCUCACCACUUGGAGACUGUUUGGUUUGUUAAGGUUUUGUGUACUCUUUGUAUUCGUACCUCGCCGUCUCUCCAGAUUUUUAAAAGUCAGUAUUUUGAGAAGAAUUUGAAUCCUUUUCUUGCAUUUGAAGUUAUAAAACAUGUGAAUUUCAGCUUUAGUAACCCGGAACUAGCUUUUGGGUUCUUUCAGUUUACGAGGACUAAUUUGAGGGUUGUUCAUUCUUUUGAUACUUAUUAUAUGUUACUGAGAUCGUUUCCUGAAAUGGGGUUUCAUGAUUUGGCUAAAGAUGUUCUUGAUUGUAUGAGGCUUGACGGCUAUUUGCUUGAUAAUGCGUUGUUUGAGUUUCUUGUAAUGUCGUUCGCCAAUGCAGGCAAGUUUGAAGUUGCUAGAGAAUUGUUUAUUGCUCAAGAGUUGUUAUUUGUGCGAUCUGGUAGUGACAGAGUAGGCAAAAUAAGUGCUUAUGUAUAUAAUAACUUUUUAAGUUUGUUGGUGAAGAAAAACCAGGUUAACGAGGCUAUAGGAUUUUUCCGGGACCAUGUUUUGAGAUCAAAGUGUUGUUUCCCUGAUACUUGCACAUUUAACAUUGUACUCCGUGGUAUGUGCAAAGUUGGGGAACCUGAUAAGGCAUUUGUGAUGUUGAACGAUAUGGACAACCAUGGCUGUUUGCCGGAUGUUGUUUCAUUUAACACUCUUAUAAACGGAUUUUGUCGAAUUGGUAAUGUAGCUAGAGCUUAUGAGUUAUUGAGAAAAAUCCAGUCAGAAGGUCGGUUUCCACCGGAUGUUGUUUCUUAUACAUCAGUAAUAUCAGGUUAUUGCAGGCUAGGUGAAAUGUAUAAUGCUUCAAGUAUAUUUGAUGAAAUGAUUAAUAGAGGAGUAAAGCCAAAUUUAGUUACCUUUAAUGCAGUUAUUGACGGGUUUGCUAAGACUGGAGACAUGAGUUCAGCACUGAAUAUUUAUGAGAAGAUGCUUCAUCUCGGUUGUCCUCCUGAUGUUGUUACAUUCACUUCUCUCAUGGAUGGCCAUUGUCGGAUAGGGCAGGUAGACCAUGGUUUGAAUCUUUGGAAUGAAAUUUAUACAAGGAAGCUGCUUCCAAAUGUGUAUACAUUUUCUGUUAUUAUAAAUGCUCUAUGCAAGCAAAAUCGAUUAGAUGAGGCUCACAACUUCUUAAAGCAGUUAAAUUCUAGAGGUGAUAUUGCACCACAACCAUUUCUUUAUAACCCUGUUAUUGAUGGGUUUUGUAAGUGUGGAAAUGUCGACAAGGCAAAUGUGAUUCUUAGAGAAAUGGAGGAGAAAAAAUGUAAACCUGAUAAACUGACUUUCACCAUUCUUAUACUUGGACAUUGCAUGAAGGGUAGAAUGUUUGAGGCCAUUAACAUGUUUAAUAAGAUGUUGGCAGUUGGGUGUUCACCAGAUAAAAUUACUAUCAAAUCACUGGUUUCAUGCCUCCAAAAGGCUGGGAUGCCCAAAGAAGCCCAUAAGAUAAGGCUAGCCGUGGCAGGGUACUUAGAUUCAUGUCUGUCAUCCUCUAGCAGGAGUAUUCCAGACUUGAAUAUCAGUGCGGCCAUUAAGUAAUAUAAUAGCGGCCUUUCCUAUAAUGCAUGUGGCUUAAUGGGCCAAAGCUGCAUCCCUCCAUGGUCUCCGAUGAAUUGUUUCUUUGAAUAAAUUGCUUUGAAUUGCAACCUGCAACUGAUUUUCCUUUGGACAUGGUAGCAUUAUAUUUCAAUUUGGAGGUUUAUAUUUUGUACUGGCCAACUCCAUGUAGAUGGGCUUUAGUGAACGAUAUACUUUUUUGUUUUGACGGGGAACCUUUAAAAGUAAACCUCGGGGGCGGGCCGUCCCCUACUAGACCCAACACCAGGCAAGUCAAGUGCUUGAUCGAUCGAAGUAGUGAGUUAUCACUAUUAUCUAAAAGCAUCAUAAGUUCAUGACUACUUUUCCUAUAUAUAUUAUUGGACUCUAUCAAUAUUUUUCCUGAUCAACUAAAAACCUAAAUAAUAUAACUAUGAUUUUUAAUAUGCUCCGCUAUACUAAAUUGUAUAAACUAUUUACUUACUUUCUUAACCAUAGCAUGGCCAUUCAGGUCUUUUUAGUUUGUUAAAGGUCGAGUAAUUUACCUUGCACAAAUAAAAUUAUUGGUCCAUGUAGUACGUGCUUGGCUUACAAAACAUCCUGCGUAUUUUUAGUGCAUCUUAUAUGGAGUAUUAAAGUUCUGGAGACCAGAACUUCUAAAAUUUUGUGUUGGUAUUCACUACACUGCAGUCAUAUUUCUAGUGCAUCUAACCUGGAGAUGGUAUUCUAUACAACAUAGAUUUUCUCUACCAGACAUGUUUGAUGAAAUGAUAAGUCUGUGGUUGUGAUUUGCCAGGACGUCAUGAUGCUGGUUUGUUGUGUUCAUGCAUAAGACAGAGAGGGUGCAGGGAGGGGUUUCGAAAUAUUCUUGCAACUUGCAAUUAGGAAAGCAGAGAUGCACUAUGGAGACACUAAUUAUAUUUUUUGGAAAAGAAAGCUGUAAUGCAUCAUAAUGGAUGCAGUUAAUAAAAACAGGUUAUAGAGGAUAGUUGCAUAGCUACAUUGUUACACUAUUUGGACUCGCCUAAUGACGAGGAAAUGGUAACUUCAGUUAUUACAAACUGUUUCAUGUUUAAUGUUUACUUGAAUCUUGAAAGUUUUUUAGCAAAGAAACCAGACCAGACAUACCCUUAGCCUUAAGUCACCACUCAGGAGUGGAAUAUUUUGUUUCUAUUUUUUAUUUUAAGUGGGGUGGGGUGGGGGAAGAUGUACACUUAUCUCACCCUUAGUAGUGAAGAAGCAAUUUCUGUUAGACCCUGGCUUUUUGGGAAAUUUUAAGAGUAAAAGAUGUUAGACAUUAUGAAAAAUCUUUGCAAUAUUGAAGACAUAUGAAUGUUUACAGGAGUUGCAAAAAGACAUUAGAAGGCAAAAGACAGAGUGAACUGUAGGAAAAAAGGCAUGCAGUAGAAUAGCAUUUAAGGCGUGACAAUAAAAUGAGGUAUGCAAUAGCUACUGUUCUCCCCUCCACUCUGGUAUGUCCCUCUUACAAGUUACAAAAAUGUCUUAAAGAUUUGUAAAAAAAGAAGUCCUAAAGAAUAUAUUUUCAUUAUGGUGCUAUGGUAACUGUAUUUGUACAAUGCUAAUUGUUGGUCUACAACACUGUAUCAAAUAAGUUUAGGUUUUGUGAUAUUAUUUACCAGGAAUUGCUAAUUUCUGCAUAAAUGUCUAAUUAUAAAUUUGUAAUCGGUAGUCGUUUAGGUUUUGAAUUGUUUAAUAAACUUGGUUCUUAAGGCAUAUAUUGUGGAGUACUGGAGUGUGUUUUGACUUGUUUAAUAAACUUAGUUCCUAAGGCAUAUUAAUAUCAUUAUUGAGGUCACAGUAUGCCAUGUGAUGCUUACCUGCUACAAAGCUUGCAAGUUAGUAUUGUUCUGGUUCUAAAAUAUAAAUAAGUUGGAAUAAAGUUCGCUGUAGUCCUAGUAAAUUUCCUGCAGAGUUGGAAAUUCUAGCCACACGUCAUUUCUUUUUCACUGAUUACUUUAUUAAUUUAUGUUUCCAUGUGCAAAGAAGCCUUUGAUACUAUUUGCUGAAAGACUGAUACAUGGUAAUGCGCUAUGCGAGAACUUCAGUGAGAUAUCAAAACAUGUAAGCUAUUUGGAUCUUUAUGCUGGCGGGGAACUAGAUCUAACUAUUGCAACAUCUCUUGAUUUCUUGUUCUAGACAGCAAAAAUAUACAGGGAAGAGAUGAUCUAGAGAAUGACUGUCAAGAAAUGAGAUGGAUCAGGGAGCCUCUACAAUUUUGCCCUAGGAGAAAUGUGAGCAAGUAGGGGAUUUUUCAUGACAACAGUGAAUUCUUCUUUCUCUGAUAGAUCAACAGGAACACCAUCAGGAGCCUUCCAUCUGAAAUACCAAAUCAGAUUAGCCACAAAAUACUCAAGAUGAAGCAUUGCCAAGUUCAAGGCAGGGCAUAUCCUUCUCCCAGCACCGAAAGGCAUCAUCUUGAUCCCCCUGCUCCCUGUUAUAUCGAAAGCUUCUAAAUCUCCCUUUUUAUUCAAGAACCUUUCCGGUUUAAAUUCCAACGGAUCAUCCCACACCUUAGGAUCCCUCCCCAUCUCGGCCACCAUAUAAUUAAUUCUUGCAUCUGUAGGCACUACAUAACCGUCCAACUCAAUUUCCUGAGUCACGGAAUGUGCCAAUACGAAAUGUGCAGGCGGAUGAGCUCUCAAACUCUCCAACACAACUGCCUUCAAAUAUGGCAUCUGCUGCAAAUCCUCUUCCUCCACCACCACCAUUUUCCCUUCUCCCCCCAACCCCGGACAGUUACCCUUAACACUCAUAAUCUCAUCAUAAACUUUCCCCUGAAUCUCCGGAUGCUUCACCAAGUUGGCCAUAAUCCAUUGCAAAGCCGUUGUAGUCGUAUCUGUCCCCCCAGUCAAAAACUCACUACACAAACUAACAAUUUCCGGAAAACUCAAUUUCCUAUCCCCUUCCUCCGGAAGCUUCAAUUUCAGCAACGUAUCAACAUACGCUGUGACUACCUCAUCCUGAUCAAGUCCCGGCUGGAGCUUCUCCAAUCGGCACUUGAUCAACGGAAUCAACACACUCUCUUGAUUCUUUCGAAGUCUUUUCAACUCUAACCAUCUCCUGUAAAACAAAGUCUUUCCUAACACGGGCCACAUAUCAAGCACCCUAACCCUCUCUAAAUUCGAGAAAAUCCCUCUCUGCACCCUCUCAACCUCCUUAAUCUCCUUCUCCUCCAACUUAUCCCCAAAACACAUCAACACAAGCAACCCGAACAUCGCAAACUGAAACUCAUCUACAACCUUAACACCCACAUUGUCAGUACUCUUGUAAAGGCGUUGCACCAGUACACCCAACACCCACUCCCUCGCAUGUGAGAACGCCUUCACCCUCGAAGGAUGCAAAAUCUCAGAAUUCAAAUUCCUCCGAAACAAGCGCCACGUGGGGCCAUACCCAGCAGUAUUAAUAUUAUGCUGAUUACAGCUUAAAAACCUUUUUGUGGGGGGUGGUCGAGGCCGGUCGGAGAAAAUGGCGCCGUUUUCAACAAGAGAACUGUGAGCCAGGGAGUGGGAACUAAUAAAGAUGACAGUGCGGGAACCAAAUUUGAGAGUGAUAAUAGGGCCGUACUUGUGUCCGAGUUUGGCUAGGAUUGGUCCGACGUCGGAGACUGAGUGUCUUAGCCAGAGGAGGUUACCGAGGAUAGGAAUAGAAACAGGACCUGGAGGGAGGUUGAGCCGACAAGUGGUGACGAGACGGAGGAGGGGUUUGAGUAGUAGAGCGAGGGAGACUGUGAAGGCAAUGAUUAACCAAGCUUCCAUGGUGAUUUUCAUUUAACAUUAUGAACAAACUGUGCAUGUGUAUAUAUAGAUCGCCAGCCGGGAGUAUUAUGCUCUUGGAUGACUUGAUUCGAUGAUCAAGAGCUUUCUUCAAAUGUCUUUAUUCAUUUUAUGUAAGAAUUUUAUGUAAUUGUGCUUGUCUGAAAAAUACCAAGUUGCCGGGAGUCUGAAAAGAUGGUGAAUUGUGCUUGUCCGAAAGUACUUGUCAUGUUUGAAAUCCGUGUAAUUCACUUGUUCCUUUCGGAUUGUAUACGUUUACGACAGGAUUUCGAGGUUUUUUUUA